AUGACGACUUGUUCACCCAACACACUACUAAGAGCUCCACAUUUUCAUAUGCACUCAGUCCCAUAUUUGCAUCCGGAUGAAAAUUUUGAUUAUAGUCUUUAUUUUCACCGGUACAACACAAACCAUCUAUCUUCUGCUUCACUGGAUUACAACACAAUAUUUCUCAUACACACUAAACUAAAAAUUUGGGUUAUCAUAACUAUAAUUAAACAGGAGAAUGGUAGAAGUUUAUACACAGGGAAGACACAUAUGGAGCUCACUAUAACACAGAUUACACUCAAGUCACUGUACUAUGUAUUUCAUUUCAUGUGGACAAUUAAGGUGAAGGAUUUGUUAUGGCUCAUCGACUUUUCAAUUAUGUGUUCGGGAAGUCAUGAAUUCAAUGAUUUCCUCCUAAAUAUAAAUGAAAAUCAUGAGCGAAACAUAAGAAAGGGAACAGAAAAUUCAAAGAAGUAUAUUGGAAUAAAAAGUCAAUAUGAUUGGGAUUAUAUCGAAAUGACACAAUCUCCCAGUGAAAAUGGAAUUGAGGAAUGAAAAAAAGAAAAAACUGGACUACAAACUAAGCGAAACAUUUAAUACACAUGAAAUAAUAACAUGAAUAUUUUUGUGAAUAAAAAUGUUCUUUUUAGAAUUAAAGAUCACAUGAUUCUAAAUUAUUUGAUUAAAGGGUAAACCUAGUAA